UUCAAACAUGUAGUAGAGCCUAUGGUGGCCGAAGCCCCUGUCUAGUGCCAGUGUCUGGUUUGUCCAUUCUGGGCUGCUGUAGAACCAUGGCUGUGCAUAAUUGUGCUUCCUCCUCAUUCUGAGGUAACAAAAAUUGUUUAAAGAGUUGGAUAAUUAUCCAAAGAUAAAAAUGUUAUUCUGAAUAUGAUAUGCCAUUUAUGCCAGUCAUAUUAUAUCCCCCUAAAUCCUAUUAAUUGGACCUGGGAAAAUGAGAUGACAAGAAAUUUCAACCAAAAAACAUUUUCCUUUUCUGAUUUUUUUUUUUCCCCCAUUGGAGGGAUUUUCAGACGAUUGUAGUGGUGAAAACAUGUUACAGGAAGAAAAUUAAACCAGAUGCAUUAUUUUUUGUGACCAGGUCGGGUUAAAAUUGAAGUUUUUCAUUCGGACAUGACCGUUCCUCUUCCUUGAACGUCAAGACGUACCGCACUCUGAUUGGCUGUUUGCGUCGUGGCCAGGCAACCGAAAGAGGCUUUAGCAAACAGACAGACCCCCGUCCCAUUGGUAAGCAUUUGAGCUAGCUACAUUCGCUGGCUGCAUACGUUUUCUGGAGAGAUUUAGCCGUCCAGAUACCAUCAUGUCUUCAAGAACUCUGCCCUUGCUAUUUAUCAACCUCGGCGGGGAAAUGCUGUACAUUCUGGACCAGCGGCUUCGGGCUCAGAACAUCCCUGCUGACAAAGCUAAGAAAGUUAUGAAUGACAUCAUCACCACCAUGUUCAAUAAAAAGUUCCUAGAAGAGCUUUUCAAGCCACAGGAGCUUUAUUCCAAAAAGGCCCUUCGGACUGUGUUCGACAGGCUGGCCCACGCUUCUAUAAUGAGACUCAAUCAAGCUAGCAUGGACAAGCUAUAUGACUUGAUGACCAUGGCUUUCAAGUACCAGGUGCUUCUCUGUCCCCGACCUAAGGACAUCCUCCUCGUCUCAUUCAACCACAUGGAUGCAAUCAAGGACUUUGUGAAAGACACUCCCAGCAUUCUCAGCCAGGUCGAUGAGACGUACCAACAGCUCAUAGAGAUGUAUGCACCCUUGUCUAGUGGGGACUUCCAGCUGAUCAGACAAACUCUCCUUAUCUUCUUUCAAGACAUGCACAUAAGAGUAUCUAUUUUCCUUAAGGACAAAGUGCAGAACUCCAAUGGCCGCUUUGUGCUUCCCACUAGUGGUCCAGUACCUCAUGGAACACAAGUCCCUGGUUUGAUAAGGAUGUUUAGAUGUACUGGUGAAGAGGUGACCAGACUGCAGUUUACUAACGGAGGAAACUAUACUGCUGCUCUGCGGGAGGGAUCUUUCGAGAUAUUUGGUGACAGGGUCACCAAAUUAGGCACGAACAUGUACAGUGUGAGCCGUCCGGUGGAAACCCAUAUGUCAGGCACAUCUAAAAAUUCUGCUCAGCACACUAAGGUCAACACUGCUCCCAACCCUUUGGCCAAAGAGGAGUUGAAUCUGUUGGCCAAGUUAAUGGGAGGAUUAGAAGUUCAAAAACCAGGAAAUGCAGACAGCAGCUUCCGAGUCAACCUCUUUGCCACUGAUGAAGAAGAAGAAGAGGCAUUAAUAUCAAGACCAGAUGAGCUUUCGUAUGGCGUCAUAAAAAUCCAAGCGACAAAGGACCAACAAGCCAAUGCUGAGCUGGCCAAGAUCAUGGGAGAGUUUACAGAGUCUGGAGAUCAAUCUCCCAGUGCCAGCAGCAAAGGAGAUGACCUUCUGGCCAUGAUGGACGGCCUGUGACAUGGUCAUCCUGACAGAAAUGCUUGGGGUGGGCACAAUACAUCAUCAGCAGUCUGUUCUACUGUUCUACUGCUGUUUGUACCUGCCGAUACACUGCAACGACCUCACAUGCAGCCAGAAAACCUUCAUCUUUGGGUGCUUUUUAAAAUGCAGAUGUGAGCAGGUGUUUCCAUUGGUUGUCAAAUGACGAACUGCAAAUUUGCCUAGUUAUCAACUAAGAAUAUGGUGAGCCAAGCUUUUAAAGCUGCAAUACACAGAAAUAGUAUGUUUACUGUAUGCUGAAAAGAGUUUCAGUGCAUCAAAACAUACAUUAGGCCUGUAUCGGUGUGUAUGUGGUAAUAGCAAAACAUCUGUUUGUAUAAUGUCAAGAUGUCACUGCACUGUGUUGCACAAAAUACACAUUCCUUGAAUUUCACACGUCAUUUUUUCUUAAAUGAUAAUAAAGCAUUACAGUUUUAGAUGAUUGUCAGGCUUACAGUCCAUAAUCCCAUGUUUGUUUAUUACAGAGUAUGAAGAGGAGGUUUGUUAAAUUCUUCUGUGCUGUAAUGAACAAGUGAUGAAAUGAUGUUGUGGGGGAAUCAGAGGAAACCCAAGUGCUCUUUCUAAUGUGAUUCAGAUUCCCUCAAAUAUUUAUUUUGGUAAUAAAGAUGUAUAGUUUGCAUCAUAAAAGACAUGAUGAGCUACUUCUAAAGACAUUUUUCACUACCUUGUGAUGUCUGUGAAUAAUGACCUACAGCCCAGAAAUGUGUUCAUUGAUGACAAUGAUAUUAUGAUAUAGAGUAAUGCAAUAUAAGUAAUUGCCUAACAUGUAAAUAUGUUUAUUGUAUACUUUAUUUAUUUGAAUGUAUCAUUUUUGUGUAUAGGGAAAUGCAUAUUACUUCAUAUGUUAUGUGAUGUAGAAUUUUUAAUAAAUAGUUGUUUAAAAAAUA